UUAUGCACCUCAUUAAUUAUGAAUUAUUACAGAUAUGUCAGAAUUUGUCAUAUUUAAUGAGUUUAUUCUGCAGUGGACCCCUAUUGGUCCCUGAACCCCAGCUUAAGAACCAUGUGGCCUAGACAGUAGUCUGUCUCUGCUCCUUUUUAGAUACUCGGCUUUGGGCUUCAUCUUGUGGUGAACUGGAAUGUCUGGAGCGUUUCCGUGUCAUCAGUGCGUCUCACCGGGCACGGAGCUCUGCGCCUGAAGUACUGAAGACUCCUGAGGAGGCUCCAUCUCUGCCGCCUCGUUCCUGUCAGACACCUAAUGUUAAGUUAAACCGGCAGGUUCGGCUAUGAAGUCUGAGCAAAGCUGUGUGGAGACACCGGCGACUCUCCGGGUCAAAGAUCUGCUCCAAAAACUGGCGCACGGAGAAGAAGAUGCCCCGGAGAGGGAAGGCGAAGGGAAAUACGUCGAUUUGGAGUUAGUGGCCGUGAACACAGGAGGAGGAAAACCGGAGAAAGACUGUGGCUUUGGUGAAAGAAACCAAAUGUCUGCCCUCAUUAACAACAGCGACUACGGAGCUCCGCGCGCAACGAAACCAAACCAUGAGUUGGCGAUUAACACCAAGACUGAAACUAAGCAGGAAGAAGAUCCCGGAGUUGGGAAAUGUGCAGAACAAGUCAAAGUCGAUCCCUCUGAUCAGGUUCCGUCAUCAGAUCGUCUUUGUCUUAAAGCAAAGUCACCGGAUUGCCUCAAAUCAGGAGACAAAGGCGAGCGCGUCAUAACGCAGCCCGAGGUGCCCAAAGAGGAAAAGACGCCACCAGAUGAGGAAGCGCACUGUGGUGAUAAUUACUGGAGCGGGAGAAGUGAGUCAGAGGAUUAUGAGGAUGAUGAUGAUGAUGUGAGUUUGGUGCUUUCAGACGACUGUGACCCGUGCGUAACGGAGGACGAGUCCCAUUACAUUACCACGCACGAGAUCCAGCUCUCGGAGCUUUCUGAUCAUGAGGGGGACUACGACCUCGGAGCGGGCUCCUCCACGAGCUGGGACAUUGAGGAUGACAACCAGGUGUACUCUUUUGUCGAUUAUGCUUCUUUUGACGGUGAUGGAGCGGCUGGGGAGAGGGGGGACGGCCGCCAGCCUCGCUCCCAGGGCGCAGCAGCAGUCAGCACUCUGCUUGAAAGUGAUCUGUGCGACGGGGCCAAAUUCACCAGCUCAGAUGAGAGUGCGUCAAAGCAGCAGCAGUGUAAUGGCAACAGUGCGGGACAGAUCCACCUGUCAAUCAGAACCACUUCUCGAGCUAUAAAUGACCCUAGCAACGUCCAAGAACAGGGAAAUAUUCUUUAUCAUGCCAGGCGCUCCGGAGAGAUGAGUCGUUAUGUGCUCAGGGGAGUUGAUGGGAAGGCAGAGACAUUGUGUGACAGGGCAAAGUGCUUCAUAGCCGCGCCCGGACGCUUGCACUUUGGCCGCAAAUUGAGGGGAAAGGAGGUCACCGGGUAUUCAAGCGGUGCGUCCAGCGCUGUCAGCGAGCUUGACGACGCUGACAAGGAGGUGCGCAACCUGACAGCCAAAGCCUUCAAGAGCCUGGCUUAUCCUUACUUUGAUGCCAUUAAUUUCAGUACCUCCAGUGAGUCCUCUGCAUCAGAGCAUGGGAUAGGGAUAAACAGGUGGUCCACGUUUGUCGACCUGAAAUAUGGCAACAUGAAUAUGUCACAGGGGCUGGACAAAAGUGUUGCCUCGCAUCAAAACUCAUUUGCCAAAAAUGUAGACAAUAGAGGUUAUAAGGGGAUUGCACUGGCAGGCAUCAAACCGCCCACCAGCAAGAUCUUCACCCUGAAUGCAAAUCCCCACAGCGCAUCUUCAUCCACGAAGAAAAUAGAGCUGAUGGGGGAAUUCAGUCAGGGCCACAGUGGAGUGAUCAGACUCACAGAGACCCUGAAUUUUCGUUGCAAUGUCAAAUCGGGAAUGUCUGGGGGAGAAAGACGCACUAACUUUGCACAAAACGCUGCAGGAUCACGUUCCACGGAUGAAGUUACCAACAGUCUGCCACGCGGACAGAGGAGAGCGGCCAGCCAGCCGCCCUCCAAAACCAUGGAAGACACACACAAAAAAGCCAUAUUCGCCUCCAGCCUGAUCAAAAAUGUGAUUUCUAAGAAGAUGCAAUUCGAGCAGGAGCGCAAGAUGGAAAGAGGGGAGAUCAGUGAGCCGCAUCAUGCGCCUUCCCCGUGCUUUGUGCACCAGGAGAGCGACAGCCACAGAGUUAAGGGCAGCAGGGAGCUGCACAGACAGAGCUCCAAGUUUUCCGAGUGCGGCUCUGACUACACCAUAAUGUGUGUGGAUGAAUUAGGGGACGUGGUGGACAGCGGCUCGAGUGAUAUCAAGAGCGACUCUCGGAGGCAAGACACGGUCCCUCCAGCACCAGAAACCAGUUUGGAGCCGGUAAAUGAAGCCGCAAUCGAUACUAAAAAAGGCGCAUUGGAAGCGUCCAAAAGCACUUUGCUUCGCAGCCAAAAUAGCGCGUUCAGAUGCUGGAAGGACGAGGAGCUAGAGUUUCAAAAGGAUCAUAAAACCGAUCAAACUACAGAGGAGAAGUCGCUUUCAGCUGACGACAAAGAGGCCGAGGAGGAUCCGUACUCAUCGUGCAGCGGCAAACUGACGAAAAUGUCACAUUUGUUUGUGCCGAGUAUCCAACUGCUGUCCAGUGACGGAGAAGAAGGACAGCAGCUGCAGAACAGCAAUUAUUCCCCAUGUGAGAACGGAGGAGGGAUAAAACUGCGCUCUGACAACACGUUAUACAUCGCAGACUCCAGGAGUGUGGCUACAUCUAAAUCUCCGGAGAUUAAAAUUAAUUUAAGGAGCGUCAGGAACAAUAAAACGGAGCCUUUCGGAGUCUCCAAGCUGCGCGCUCCUAAUAUAGGCUGUAACGCAGCCAGCCUCAUCAGGACGGAUGACUUCAAAUGCCAAGCGCUGGCUGCAGCUUUGAAGGGUGAGUCCUCAGAUAAAGUGCCUCAUUUCAUGGUUCGAGACAUCAGAGAUAACAAAGGAAAGCUGCAGACGCCCAUACACCAAGUGAGAGACGUGCGUAAACUGGUUAAAAGUUCCUAUCACUUUGUUUCUUUGGAUAACAACGAAAAUAAAUCCAACUUUACCUCCGCUGACAGCCACUCAGAGCAAAAGAGGCAAAUGCAACAUCGAAACCCAAAUUCAGUGUCUCCUAUAGUGAUCAAAUGUCAGUCUGUGAAUACAAACAGUAACGGAAAACAAUCUGGAAAUCUUCUUGAGCCGUUUGACAUCGACAGAUCGUCUCCAGAGGGCGCUAAAAGUGUUCCACUGCAAAAGGCAGCAGGGAGAACACCCAUAGGUAACUCAAGCACAGAGGGAGAUACUGGACUGAGAAGUGAGAGCAGAGUAGCUUCAAAAAGGCAGGAAAAAAUAUCAGAGAUCACAGAAAAGAAACCUGAAUCAAAAAUGGCCAACCAGGGUGCUUUGGAAAAACUCCAGGCUGCUGUGAAAACCAUGGAGCAGCUCUAUGUGUUUGAACGAAAUGAAUGGAAAAGGAAAAAUGAGCCUCGGCCAAUGACAGACAGCCACGUGCUUUCACUGAUAGCCAGAGAGGAGCAUGGAGGGCCUGAGGAGGAAGCAGCUAGAGGGUCCAAUGUGGACAAGACGCCACCAGCAGUAGCGGCGUCCCCUGGCACUGAUAACCUGCUGAGGCGAGAGGACAGACUCUUCCAGACUGCCGGCAGCCGUGAUGAAAGGCUGGUUUCUAAGUCAGUUCAAGCCUCCAGCACUGCAGGGAGCAAGAACAUGUUCAGCCUCAGCUCCAGCCUUAAGGCCUCCCCAACUGCAAAGACGCCUCAGUCAAACACUGUCACACAAACACCUUUCAGCACCAAAAGCUUUGUCCCCAAGUCUUCAAAAUUGCCCACAUCCGUAAAAGUCAGCCAGACAAAGCUGAGUGGACAUGAGGGAGUUGAAUCAAAGGAAUCAGAGAGGUCCGUUCAGGAGCUCCUGAGCACCUUAAUGGACAACGAGAACUACCUGACCAUUCCGGUCAAGUCCCACGCCAACAGCAACAAACAAGCCUCAUCUGCUGAUAAAACAUCUGUGUACACGUUUACUACCCAGACGCAACCAACAACACCUUCAGGACACUUGGGAUCCGGCUCCAGGGAACAGGAAGACCGCAACCAGUCCCCUAAACGCUCCAGCAUUGUGAUGGAGACACGCACACCAGAGAUCCCUUCAGCUACCAUCUACCACUCAAUGCCAAUGGGCAUGUGCACCAAUCAGCCUCAGAUGUAUUGUUUCUCUCCAGCAAUCACCCCUGCUCCCACUAUGGACCCCUUCCAGGCCACUCAGAGGAAGAUGCUCCUAGAUCCCACCACUGGAAACUACUACCUGGUGGACACUCCUGUGCAGCCAGCCACCAAGCGUCUCUUUGAUCCUGAAACAGGCCAGUAUGUGGAUGUGCCCAUGCCGCAGCCUCCUAUGACCCCAGUUCCCAUGCCUAUGUCACCUUUGGCCCUCAGUCCAGGAGCAUAUGGACACACCUACAUGAUCUACCCAGGCUUCAUGCCGACACCAUCCGUGAUCCCAGCCCGGACGAUGGUGCAGUCGCAGAUGUCGAUGCAUUCAGAGGCGGAGAGCGUGGAGAAAGCUUCAUCACAGCAGACUGAGGGCAUGUACAUGGAGAGUCCCUGUUACAUGGCCACUGGAAAGUCUCCCCAGGUGGCCUCUGGGGCUCAACAGCAGGCCACCACCAGCAGACCAUCGCAGGGCUUCACCAGCGUCAAGCAGCCGGUCAUCAGCAUCACGUCCCAGCAGGGGCCCCGGAUCAUCGCUCCUCCCUCGUUUGAUGGGACCACCAUGAGCUUUGUGGUGGAGCACAGGUGAAUGGCAGCUUCCCUGGACAGUGCUGAGCUCUGAUUGGAUGCUGGACCGCUCUGGGUUUUUCGGUCUCUUCAUCGUGCUAUGUAUGUGUAUUUUAUUGGAUUAAAGUGACGGAUCAGGGCCUUGUAUGAAAGAAGGCUCAUUUACAUCUGUCAUCUUUCACCUUUUCUAACUUGUACAAGAUGUGUAUAAAGUCUGUAUUUCCUGCUUUGUUUUGUAACAUCACAUUGUAAAACUUAAAUAGGCAUAUGCUGCACUGACUUAGCCAAACUAACAUAAACUGAUCAGGGGUUAAUUCUGGAAAUAGUUUAUUUUUAUGAUGAUUAUAUUUAUCCAAACAUCUACAUUUUCUUACCAUCUGUUCUGUGUUGGAUUUUAAGCAGUGUCACACUAAAAGUUGACAGUCAGCACCAUGUGUUUUUAUAUACUCAUCAGUUCUUUAAUGAUGCUGUAUUCAUUAACAUAUUAAUGUGUGUGUUUUACAAUGGUAGACAUCCUAGAGCUCUCUCAUCAUGCACUGUUGUGCAUAUCAAGCAGAUCUAGCAGAACAUUCACUUCAUUUUUCAACAUGGUGGUUCAAAUUAGAAUCUUUUCAUCUCCAUGACCACAUGAAGACAGUUUGUGUUGUGUUAAGAUCAGGUUUGUAAGUUUGAAUUAAAAAAGAAAAACCUGAUUUCAGCAGUUUUUAAAGUGUUUAAAGGGCAGUGCAGCUAAAGGAUGCCAUCUACUGUAGCAGGCAGUGCUAAGAGGGACCUCUAGGAUAACUCACCUGUGUGACCUGCAGACUGAUGUGAUGUGUGACAUGUAUUUCUAUGUGUAUCACUGGUUCUGUCAGUCAUUCUUUUGACGCUGACUCAUUGUUUUGUACUUCAAAUCGUUCACUGUUCACUGUGGAUCUGCUGGCCAGGCCAUUCUUCUUUCAUUGUGAAUCCCAUGUUACAAAUAUGUUACUUUAAUGUUUUUAAUGUGAGGAAAUGAGAGUGUUCAGUUUAGAAUAACUGCUGUUAUAUAUAUAUAAAAAAACACCUUACAUUUGUGAAAAGAUCAUAGUACAUGUUGUUAGAAGAAUAAGAAGCAGAAGGUGUUCAUCUUUACAUUCAGGAUAACACACAUGGAUUAUAAAGGUUGUGUUGGUGUUUUAGUCUGACCUAAAGAAAAGUCAGUGUUGUGCGUUCUGAACUGCUGUAAUGUUGUAAUGUAGAAAACACUAAGCUGAGGUCAUGCGUUGGAUUGAAGCUGCAGUCGAUAACUUAUUAUAACUGACUAUGUUAAACAUUUAGACUGUAAAAAGUCUGAAUUAAAGGGUCGCUCAACCAAAUCACAAAAAAUCAAUCUCACAUGCUUGACUUAAGAGAGAACAGUAUGGUGGCCAUAUGACAGGAAGAAUAUGAUUCUAUAUCUGUGUAAUCCCACAGAUUCCUAAACUGAGUGAACACAUACAUAAUCUGAGGGCAAUGGAAUGACUGGACCCUUAAAACAGACUUUGAAAUCCCACAUUGUCUGAUUUUUGUCUGAUUGUCUCUUCCUGUAUACUAACCGCCAAAAUAAAACGUGAAAUUUAGCCUAUGGUUUAUAACAGGGAUGUGCAAUACAGGUAAAAAGUAACAUCACAAUAUUAAACAUGUUUUAAAAGCAUUUUUCAUUAAUUCAAUGUAAUGUUAGUCUAUGU